UACAAUAUACACCACUACACCAGUCCUACGGCAUACUCAGAACUCAAAAUACUGUACUGUCUGUAGUACACUCAUUGCCGUUCGCCAUUGCCCAUUGCUGCUGAGCAAAUAGUCGUCAAAUCUGUUGUCACGUCUUGUCAUUAUUUUUGAUCUCCAGAGUUUCCAUAGUUAUUUACCAACUGCGAUCAAAUAAAUAACGUUAUCGAAUCCAAAUUUUCAACGUAUAAUUCAACAUAUUCUAAGUUUCAGUUUCAAAAUGCAAAUCUUUGUGAAAACUUUGACUGGCAAAACCAUCACUUUAGAAGUAGAAUCCUCAGAUUCUAUUGAAAAUGUAAAAGCUAAAAUUCAAGACAAAGAAGGAAUCCCACCAGACCAACAGCGAUUGAUUUUUGCCGGAAAACAAUUGGAGGAUGGACGUACAUUAUCUGACUAUAAUAUUCAGAAAGAAUCUACUUUACAUUUGGUUCUACGUCUCCGUGGUGGAAUGCAAAUUUUUGUGAAAACACUGACUGGCAAAACCAUCACUUUAGAAGUAGAAUCCUCAGAUUCUAUUGAAAAUGUAAAAGCUAAAAUUCAAGACAAAGAAGGAAUCCCACCAGACCAACAGCGAUUGAUUUUUGCCGGAAAACAACUGGAGGAUGGACGUACAUUAUCUGACUAUAAUAUUCAGAAAGAAUCUACUUUACAUUUGGUUCUACGUCUCCGUGGUGGAAUGCAAAUUUUUGUGAAAACACUGACUGGCAAAACCAUCACUUUAGAAGUAGAAUCCUCAGAUUCUAUUGAAAAUGUAAAAGCUAAAAUUCAAGACAAAGAAGGAAUCCCACCAGACCAACAGCGAUUGAUUUUUGCCGGAAAACAACUGGAGGAUGGACGUACAUUAUCUGACUAUAAUAUUCAGAAAGAAUCUACUUUACAUUUGGUUCUACGUCUCCGUGGUGGAAUGCAAAUUUUUGUGAAAACAUUGACUGGCAAAACCAUCACUUUAGAAGUAGAAUCCUCAGAUUCUAUUGAAAAUGUAAAAGCUAAAAUUCAAGACAAAGAAGGAAUCCCACCAGACCAACAGCGAUUGAUUUUUGCCGGAAAACAACUGGAGGAUGGACGUACAUUAUCUGACUAUAAUAUUCAGAAAGAAUCUACUUUACAUUUGGUUCUACGUCUCCGUGGUGGAAUGCAAAUUUUUGUGAAAACACUGACUGGCAAAACCAUCACUUUAGAAGUAGAAUCCUCAGAUUCUAUUGAAAAUGUAAAAGCUAAAAUUCAAGACAAAGAAGGAAUCCCACCAGACCAACAGCGAUUGAUUUUUGCCGGAAAACAACUGGAGGAUGGACGUACAUUAUCUGACUAUAAUAUUCAGAAAGAAUCUACUUUACAUUUGGUUCUACGUCUCCGUGGUGGAAUGCAAAUUUUUGUGAAAACAUUGACUGGCAAAACCAUCACUUUAGAAGUAGAAUCCUCAGAUUCUAUUGAAAAUGUAAAAGCUAAAAUUCAAGACAAGGAAGGAAUCCCACCAGACCAACAGCGAUUGAUUUUUGCCGGAAAACAACUGGAGGAUGGACGUACAUUAUCUGACUAUAAUAUUCAGAAAGAAUCUACUUUACAUUUGGUUCUACGUCUCCGUGGUGGAAUGCAAAUUUUUGUGAAAACACUGACUGGCAAAACCAUCACUUUAGAAGUAGAAUCCUCAGAUUCUAUUGAAAAUGUAAAAGCUAAAAUUCAAGACAAAGAAGGAAUCCCACCAGACCAACAGCGAUUGAUUUUUGCCGGAAAACAACUGGAGGAUGGACGUACAUUAUCUGACUAUAAUAUUCAGAAAGAAUCUACUUUACAUUUGGUUCUACGUCUCCGUGGUGGAAUGCAAAUUUUUGUGAAAACAUUGACUGGCAAAACCAUCACUUUAGAAGUAGAAUCCUCAGAUUCUAUUGAAAAUGUAAAAGCUAAAAUUCAAGACAAAGAAGGAAUCCCACCAGACCAACAGCGAUUGAUUUUUGCCGGAAAACAACUGGAGGAUGGACGUACAUUAUCUGACUAUAAUAUUCAGAAAGAAUCUACUUUACAUUUGGUUCUACGUCUCCGUGGUGGAAUGCAAAUUUUUGUGAAAACACUGACUGGCAAAACCAUCACUUUAGAAGUAGAAUCCUCAGAUUCUAUUGAAAAUGUAAAAGCUAAAAUUCAAGACAAAGAAGGAAUCCCACCAGACCAACAGCGAUUGAUUUUUGCCGGAAAACAACUGGAGGAUGGACGUACAUUAUCUGACUAUAAUAUUCAGAAAGAAUCUACUUUACAUUUGGUUCUACGUCUCCGUGGUGAUGCAAAUUUUUGUGAAAACAUUGACUGGCAAAACCAUCAUUUAGAAGUAGAAUCCUCAGAUUCUAUUGAAAAUGUAAAAGCUAAAAUUCAAGACAAGGAAGGAAUCCCACCAGACCAACAGCGAUUGAUUUUUGCCGGAAAACAACUGGAGGAUGGACGUACAUUAUCUGACUAUAAUAUUCAGAAAGAAUCUACUUUACAUUUGGUUCUACGUCUCCGUGGUGGAAUGCAAAUUUUUGUGAAAACACUGACUGGCAAAACCAUCACUUUAGAAGUAGAAUCCUCAGAUUCUAUUGAAAAUGUAAAAGCUAAAAUUCAAGACAAAGAAGGAAUCCCACCAGACCAACAGCGAUUGAUUUUUGCCGGAAAACAACUGGAGGAUGGACGUACAUUAUCUGACUAUAAUAUUCAGAAAGAAUCUACUUUACAUUUGGUUCUACGUCUCCGUGGUGGAAUGCAAAUUUUUGUGAAAACAUUGACUGGCAAAACCAUCACUUUAGAAGUAGAAUCCUCAGAUUCUAUUGAAAAUGUAAAAGCUAAAAUUCAAGACAAAGAAGGAAUCCCACCAGACCAACAGCGAUUGAUUUUUGCCGGAAAACAACUGGAGGAUGGACGUACAUUAUCUGACUAUAAUAUUCAGAAAGAAUCUACUUUACAUUUGGUUCUACGUCUCCGUGGUGGAAUGCAAAUUUUUGUGAAAACACUGACUGGCAAAACCAUCACUUUAGAAGUAGAAUCCUCAGAUUCUAUUGAAAAUGUAAAAGCUAAAAUUCAAGACAAAGAAGGAAUCCCACCAGACCAACAGCGAUUGAUUUUUGCCGGAAAACAACUGGAGGAUGGACGUACAUUAUCUGACUAUAAUAUUCAGAAAGAAUCUACUUUACAUUUAGUCCUACGUCUCCGUGGUGGAAUGUAAAUCUUUGUGAAAACAUCAUCAGACCAGCAGUGAUUGAACUUGUCAAAAGCAAUAAGAAGGUCAUAAUAAGUCAAUCUUUACUUGGUGUGCACUUUCAAAGUUGUUUCAAUAGAAUAUAGUGUUUUUUUACUAUAUAUUAUAAAAACAUUUUAAUUAUAUAAUAUAAUAAAUAACAAAUUAAAA